UGGAUGACCACCUGAGGUGCAGGCAGAAGGAGGACAGAGAUUUGACACAGCAGAGGGAGGGAAGGAAAAGAAAACGCAGACAUGGAGGGCUUCAACUCCAAGGACUUGGCAAUGAAAACCCAGAAGAAGCUUCUCAGCAAAAUGGCCAACAAGUCGGUAGUGCAGAUGUUCAUUGAUGACACCAGCAGCGAGAUCCUGGAUGAGCUGUACCGAGUGUCGAAGGAGUACACGGGGAACCGCACAGAGGCCCAGAAAGUCAUUAAGGACCUGAUUAAAGUGGUGGUGAAGAUAGCUGUGCUCUUCAAACACAACUGCUUUAGCGAUGAGGAGCUCAACUUAGCCCAGAACUUUAAGAAGAAAUUACACCAAGGAGCCAUGACGGCCAUCAGUUUCCAAGAGGUGGAGUUCACCUUUGACAAGGGAGUGAUGUCAGAGAUCCUGACCUCAUGCAGGGACUUGCUGCUUAAGCUCGUGGAAAAGCAUCUCACUCCAAAAUCCCACGGACGCAUCAACCACGUCUUUAACCAUUACUCCGACCCGGCUCUCCUCACCCAGCUUUACAAUCCCAGCGGUGCUUUCAAGUCCAACCUCAACAAAAUCUGCAAUUGUCUCAACAAACUGCUGGAGGAAGAAAAGUUAUGAGUGUCGUAACACUGAGACUUUUAAUGCAGUUACCUUCAAGAAAAGCCAAGGUACUGGACUGAUAAAGCACGGUGCAACAUGUACAUUUUGGACGCAUUGUGACCUACUGGUACAGAACUUUAUUACU